CAUCUUUAUUUUGUGUUCCACUGGGGGGGGGGGGAUCAGGUUUGAAACUACACGACAGCGAAUAAAUUAUGUCAGAAUGUUCAGUUGUGUGUAAAGGAUUCCUUCCGUUGUUUUUCGAAGCGCUUUCUCGUCGAGCACCGCGUGUCCCCUCUGACUACCCGUAACAUGUGUGUCGUGUUGCGUGCGGUAAACACUGAGAGGUCUGUUUUUAACACGAAAGCUGAUCCUGAUUCCUGCAGUGCAGUAAAUGCAGAAAUACGCCUGACGACAUACAACAGUGCAGCUGACUGUCCCAGAAACAACCCGGAUAGUUUGUGUGGACAUGAUCAGCCGCUACGUUCUGUUCGCUAGAGCACUGUUGAACACUCGGCUGUUGAAUGCAGAUCUUCAGCCAGCACUGAUCCAGUCUGCUCAGGUGAAGCUGUGUGUCAGAGCUCAGAGACACUGUUGUGUGAGGCUACAGCCUGCCAUAGCGUGUGCACAAGAGCAGGCCAGCAUCAUGGAGGAGAUCAACAAUAACUCUGUGUCCACACAACAACAACACAGCACUACACAGCAGAUCAACACUACACAGGCAGUCAAGAAGGUCAAAAAAGCAAAGAAAGAGCCAAAGAGAGUGGCAGGCAAGAAGAAGAAGAAGAAGCAGAAGGAGGCAGAAAGCGCCUGCAGCCUGAUGUCCGAGCUUCCCUUCGUGAACACAGAGGUCUGGAAGGAGCUGGGCUUCUCCAGUGCAGAAUCGAGCGUGAAGAAGAAGCGUAAGAGAGGACACGGCGCUCGAGUGGAGAGUGAGGAGGAUGGUGAGAAGAAGAAGAAGAAGGAGACGGCUCGCCCAAACUACUUUGUCUCGGUGCCAAUCACCAACCCAGAGGUACGAGCCGGAGCCAGUGACAGAGUCAUGCUUACAGCAGAGCCUCUCAUGUGCCAUGCUGACAAUAAAUACGCUGCGUCUACAUUGUCAGAGCUGGCGUCUCCUCUGAAUGCACUGCUGGGGGGCCGGAGGCUGGUCCUGCCCUUCUGUGGAAUCGGACACUUUAAACAGGAAGUGGCUUUCGUUCAGAUCACGGAAGGAGAGCAUCUGACCACACUCACGCUCAUGGCAGAGAGCGUGAGGAAGGCGUUUGAGGAGCAAGGCAUCGCGUCUGGAGAUGACAAAGCAUUCAAACCUCAUCUGACGUUUCUCAAACUCUCACGAGCACCUAAACUACGCAAGCAGGGUGUUAAGAAGCUAGAUCCGGCGCUGUUCUCUGAGUUCGAGGGCCGUGUGUUUGGAGACGAAUACGUGUGUAGAGUGGACCUGUGCUCCAUGCUGAAGAAAAAGAGCGCAGAUGGAUACUACCACCGAGAGAAGAGCGUCAGCUUCAAUCUUUUGCAAAGCAGGCAGCGUGCCACUCGGACAAGUAUUAAGAAUUCCCCGGAGGAUGAGGAGUUAGUGAGUCUGAGUAAGCAGCUGGUGGAAGAUGCCGUGUUGCGGGCCGUGCAGCAGUACAUGGAGGAAACUCAACAGAACGGCACCGCGCCGAAAGACGAGGCUCCGCCGGGGGCCGCCGGCAAACUUAACACCACCAAAUGACCACGUGAGCCCUGAGCCGGACCCUGCGGAGAGCCGCAACACGCCUCCACCUGCCAGGGGGCGCCAGAGCGCAGCGGAGAGCGAUUGAGUUGAGCUGAAGUGGAGCAGAGAGUGAACACAAGCCAAGUGAAGACGCACACAGCACUCGAACUGAACUUUAUUUUCCUGCCUUCCCCCCGUCCUGCAUCACUAUCUGUUUGACUUUAUUUGUGACGGAUCCUUCAGAGAACAAGCACACAGGUUCACACACACACACACACACACACACACACACACACAUGCUGCUGUAGUGUCCGGAGGCCAUUGCUUUGGCAUCUUCACAUCUGACAAUCACAGUGAACUGCUCAGAUGGACUGCACAUGACCUGCAGGCCUGAAGCCCGAGCCGUCAGAACAGCUUAUGAACUCUGAAAGUGUUAUGAACACGCUGUUGCUUUUGUGUGUGUGUAACCCUGUCAGAUGAUGAUGUGUGUGUUGUUUGUGCCGUAGGGUGUGUGUUUGCUCAGAGCAGAAUGGAUCGGGAAAGAGAGCGCAGGCGGACGCAGGUAGAGGCCAUAAAGACACUGUUAGCACAGGAAAACAUUCGAGCUAAGAUCCGACAGGAGCUCGACUCGGCCGUCAGAGGGAGUCCACACUGAAGCUCAUGGACACACACAACCAUCUCAAAGUAAACGCACUCACACACACAGACCUUCACUGAUGAACACACACACAUACUCUGUGAGGUUCAGAAAAGCCACACACACAUCAGUCCACAGCGUUCUUACUGAAGCGAGGCCGGCCUGAAGUAAGCUUACUAUAUGAUUUUUGGGGGGAAUUAAAAUGUAAAUGAGCUGAUUUGAUUUGUCACAGUGGCCUUAGAGAAAUCACACCUUCUUAUAUUGCUGAAGAACAUGCCGUUUCACUUUUGCUUUUGCGUAUUUUCACCAGAACCUUCAAAUGUGUCUUUUUAUGCUCCCUGUCCUGAUCUCUCUUGAGUUUGCCCGUUCUGAUGAAGUGUUGAAGCCAGCUCCAUUCAUGUAAACAGUGCUGUGACGUCAUCGUUCAGCGUUUCCUUUCCCAUCUGUCACUUUUUUUACUCUUAAAAAUAAAGAUGACAGCGAGUGGACGUGA